AUGGCAGAUCUACCUGGCAAUUUGCCUGCUGACUACCUUGAAUGGCAGCCUGCAAUCGAAAAGCGCAAUCUUGUUGGCAAGACGGUGCAUGCGGCUGAGCUUGCGUCUACCUCUAAGAUGGCUUACGCCCAAUUUUUGCUCUUGCGCGUUCUCUGGAAAGUUAACAAGCUGCUUUCUGGAGAUCAUUCCUGGGCAGCCUAUUGCCAUAGUAUCAAAAACGCGGAGAUUACAGUCGGGAGCUUUGCGAUUGCCGGCAUUGCCAAAUCAAAUCCCACAAAGGGACCUGAUGACGAUGAUUCCGUUGUGCAAGAAGAGUCAGAGUCAGAGUCAGAAGUGUCAUCGGAACCCGUCACCCCAGCCGCCCAGGUUCCUGAAGAACUUCACAAGCUGAUGUUUCUACCUACCAAAGACGAGCAGAUUGUCAACACUGCUCUUGUGGUAUUUCUUAAUUCCCUUCUAGUUCCUUUCGGCGUCAAGCGUUGCGACUGGACUCUGCACAGAAAGGCCUUCAGUGCCCAUUUUGAAGCUGCUGGCUUCGAAGCUCGAACCGACGGAUAUCUCGAUGAUGGCAAUGUAAACCCUUGGGCUCUCAUCGAGGUCAACCCCGUCACCAGAAAGGAUAAGAAUCAAGUCCAGGUUCAGAUACAAGAGAGUUCCCAGAUGUCAGGCUGCAUCAAAAACGAUAUUGAUGCUCCACCAGAUAAGCUACGAGUUCAUAUGUCCCAAAAUCGGCACGAGAUCUUCUUUACUAUCGCAAAGUACGACAGCGGGUAUGUGUCCUAUCUGAAAAAGAAGCCCGCGGAUGACCAACCUCCAUCAUUCUUGACUAUGCAUCAAUACGGACCUUGGAAUACCGAAAAUGCCGGGCAUAUGAAGAAGUUGGGUCCAAUCCUACUUGCACUCGCACUCUAUGCGGAGGCUGAGGUUAAGAAGGCAGAAGACCGUCGGCGUUUGAGCUCGAACAUGGCAUCUGCAAAUGGUACUUGUGCAACCUGUGGAAAGCAGACUGACAACCGCUGUUCUCGGUGCAAUGAAUCCCCAGAUACCAAGACUGGUGACACUGGCAGCAUUUUCUGCUGCACCAAAGUCUGUCAAGCCGAGCACUGGUCCGUUCAUAGAGCCGAGUGUAAAGUCCGGGUGCAGCGAAAGAAGCUUUUGCGCACCGCGGCAAUCCUCAAAGCAGCGUUCCUCACCUACAGAGCGCUUCGAUUUGAUGUUGGGCUUUGGAAAAUCGAGCUUCGUGGCAACACUCUGUAUCUAUACAAUAAACAGAAGGGUCUGAUGGUCGCCCCCAAGAUCGGCCCUUUCCCAGAGUAUCUGACAACUGAUGAUGAGCACCGCGAGGCUGCCCCCUCUUAG